GCGGCUCGCGGGCGGUUCCUUCCGGCCACCGAUCGACCAUGCCGACGUCGAUACCGAACGACGUCGUCUCCGAGAUACUCUCCUGGGCGCCGGUAAAGUCGGCGUGCCGGUUCCAGUGCGCGUCCAGGGGGUGGCGAGAGCUCAUCUCCGACCCUGCGUUCGUCGCGGCGCACAAGGCCCGCACGGAGCCGCAGCUCCUCAUCGUCGCCAACUCCUUCCACGGCGUGGCCAGCGGAGGGCGCCGCCGCCGCCGCGACCUGCGGCUGCUGGACACGGACGGCAGCGUCGUGAGGGAGGUCAAGUCCGCAGGUGACCUAUGGACCAUCAUCUCCGGCCCCCGCGGCCCCGUCUGCGCCACCCGCGUCGGCCGCGUCCUCAACGUGAUCGAUCUGGCCACCGGGGACGUGCUCGUGACCUCCACGGAGAUGGGCGACAGUGGCGGAGCGUUCUGCACCUUGGGCAUCGGCUAUGCUGCCCCGUCGGGCAAGUGCAAGGUGGUCCGCCUCAUGACCACGUUCAGUCAUGGUCAUCAGCCGGAGCACACCUGCGAGCUUCUGGCGUUGGAAGACGGCGCCAGAGGAUGGAGGCGAAUGCAGUCACCACCAAUUGCAGACUAUUUCGGCCUCCACAAAAACUCUAUGGUCACCAUAGAUGGUAUGCUAUACUUCCUUUACAGCUUGUCGCCACCGCGAGUGGGCGGGGACUAUGUCCUCCGCCUUGACCUCGAGACCGAGCAAUGGAUGAGGUCCAUCAAAGCCCCAAAGAUGAGAUCGACGAUGCCCCGUAUGGUCGAGCUCAAUGGAACCCUUUGCAUGGUUCACUCGGAGGGACGCCGGACCAAAAAUGCUUGCACGACCAUAUGGCUCCUGUCUGAUUUGGCCAAGGGCACCUGGGUCAAGGCGUAUGUGAUCCCGAUGCCACAUGCCGUCGAUCUAGUGAUCGCUCUGAGGAUGAUGCGUCAUGGUGGAAAGCUAAUGUGCUAUUGCUUACAUAAUGACAGAGCAAGUCCGACGCUACAAGUUUAUGAUUCGCUCAAUGGGAUAUGCACACAGCUCCCAGAUCUUCCGGGUAACAAUUUGAGCGACGUUGGUUUUUGCAACCUGCACUUGGAAUGUUAUAUACGGUCCACCUAAGAUCUCACCGGCGGCUGCCAUCGGCCCCUCUUGAUGCUGUAUUGCUGUUCAUCGUCCGCCAGCAGGGAGUCACCCCAUGCUCCGCCUCUACAUCUCUAUUCACGGCCUCCACCCCUUGCCGAUGGUCUGCCACUACCACCGUGAGAUCCCGGGCGCACAUCGUGUCUCCUAACUCCUAAGUACUGCGGGCUAUCAAGUGGC